GCGUGGCUCGGCCCAUUCCUCUCUACGAGCCCGUUGCUUCCUCCAGGACGCUUCUCUUGCACGUAUUUCUGCACGCCGCAAGGAGAGGCUUAGAUUUGCUCUUCUGCUCGAUAUUUAAUUUGCGCUAUGCUUUAAGAAGGCCAGUAACGUCUUAAGACCUGUUGUGGUCUCCGAAUAUAAAACCCCCCUUUGCUGGGGGAGGUUGACUUGACUGAGCCGCAUGAUCAGAGUCAGGUGACAAUAUCGGGCACAAAACCGGAGGAGAAUAAACAGCUGGGUGUAGGAGAUCAGCUGAUGAUCUUGCCUUUUGACAAACUGCAUUACUCCUCAGGGAAAAAUGAGUGCCUGGCCCUCUCCUCUGCUCUGGAGCUUAACCACGGCGUGUUUAACAGGUAUUGCUUUAGGCCAGACAACCGCCACCCAGGCCCCUGUUGCAUCAACACCAGUGCCUCCCAGGGCAACCACCACCCAGGUCCCCAUUGCAUCAACCCCAGCACCUCCUAGUGCAACCACUACCACAGCCUCUGCUCCCCCAACUGCCUCUGCAACGCUCUCAGCUGGAGUGACAUCAACCACUGCAAACCUUGUCACAUCCACGGCAGAGCCAUCUGCUGAUCCAAGCACAAAAAACCCUGCUCAGACCCUGCCUGCCACCACGGAUGUGACCGUCCUCACCUCUGGCAGCAUGACCGCCUCUCAAGCGCCUACAGGACAGAUGUCCGUGUCCACCAGCACCCCGGUGUCCCCCCCAGGCAUGACCAUGUCUCCUGGGGUCCCAUCAGCAGCUCCGUUCCUCACCACUGCCAAGCCCUCAAACUGCAGCAGAGUGAACGUGACAGCCUGUGCCCGCUGCUCCCCAGGGACGUUUCCCAAUGAAGGUACCUCGAGCUGCUCGUGCUGUGCUGAGGGCUCGUGCACGGACGCCAGUGCCUGCACCUCCUGCCCGCUGGGCCACUACCAGCCUGAAAGCGGGCAACCAUCGUGCCUGCCUUGUCCGCAGGGGAGUUACGCCAACCUCACAAGGAGCACCAUAUGCCUUCCCUGCCUGCCUGGCCAUUACGCUAAUGAGUCUGGGGCUGCAGCCUGCAGAGCAUGUGAGAAAGGGUAUUUUAGCUCCCAGCAAAAUGCAGUUUUUUGUCUGCCUUGCCUGCCUGGAUCAUUUUGCAACACCACCAGCUGCACGGGAUGUCUGCCUUGUCCUGGUGGGCAAGAGGCUCUUCAGGAGGCAUCAGAGGAGUGCACACCUUGCCUCCCAGGUAUGUUCAAAGGUCCCAGUGACAACAAAUGCAAGCUCUGCAGGACAGGAGAAUACCAAUUACAGCGGGGCAUGGAGACCUGUGACCUGUGCCCAGAAAAUCACUACUGCCCUAGUCCAGAUGUGAACCCAGUCAAGUGUCCUCCCGAUGCCUUCUGCCCCGCGGGCAGCGCUGAGCCCACGUACUGCAUGGAGGUCUUUCUUUACAAGGUGGGGGACUCCUGCCAGUUGACUCCCCUGAUGGUCGUUCUCCUGGCCGCCUUCUCAGCAGGUAAGUAUAUGUCUUCUCUGUCCUCUGGCAAAACUAGACACCCCUCUGCAGCUGGGCACCUUCGUGCUCUGCCAACACUGUUCUCUGGAUGGUGUAUUUUAUGUUUCUGGAAACCUGGAUUUCUAAUAAAAGUCUUUCUGGCUGCCUGCAACGCAAUGAUAAUCCUUUCCCCAUUUGUAAGUAGGGAUAUUGCUGUAUUUGCUCUGAAGGAAGGCUGGCAUAACACUGAAUGUUUGCUGUUUGUCCUCAGGAAGCAGGUGUGUGUAUGGACCCCCAAACCAGGAAUUUCUUGGCUGCCCCAAAAAUAGGAAGAAGGACAAUUUUCUUUUGGUAUAAGACUUGAAGUUUCCUAAAAGCAUUCCCCCUGUGACUCCUGCUGCAGCAUCCAGGAGGACAGGGCGCUGUCAGCAUGCGCAGUGUUGGUUGUAUCGAUGCUGUAGUGCACCGUGUAACAAACAGAAGGAAAGACAACCAACACCUACUGAGCAUGUGGAGCAUCCCUCAUCCCAGCUAUAAUUAGCUCAUUAGGACAAACCAAUGGGUGGAUGAGCUUUUCCACCUGGAAGGUACACCGUGAAUACUCAUUCCAAAACAAUGAAUAUGCAUUUGCAGUCAUAGCAAAGGGGAAAAAAAAAUAGUUCUGUAGUCUUUAAUCAAAGUUUAGGGGAGGUUUAAUCAGAGAUAACAGUUAUGAUGCAAAUGAGCAACUCUUACUGCUAUGGAUUGCAAAAACGGCAGAAGAGCAAGCUGGGAGGAGGGACUCAGCUCCUGCACGCAGGCAGAUGAACAGAAACCCCACUGUAAGUACCACUGAUGCUACCAGCUCUCUUGGCACAAGAUUUUAAUCUCUAAGUCAUAGAGCUAAGUGAUCAGAGGAUAAGGAAUAAUAGCCUCAUAUCCAUCAGUUUCUGUGUCUUAAGCGCAACAGUUAACGUGCCUCCUGAAGACCCAUUCUCCAGUCCUGCUCACUGUUGGUAAAAGAUGGGGGGGAGAUAAAAUAGAUGUGUUAUUCCCCACAAUGAACAAGAGAGCACAAAGCUGCUUCUCCAACAACAAAGCAGGGCUGUAGCUCUAGCAGCACUUCUCCAGAGGGCUGAAAUGUCCUGGUGGGAGCGGAUGAGGGUUGUCCUCACAAGCCGUGGCUUGGAACCCUGUGAAAGCUCCUCCACUGGCCCAGAUCCCCUUGUGCCAGGCUGUGGUCCAAAAAUCUGCCAAAACAGAUGCCAUCUGAAGCGAGUAUUAAUUAGAAAAAGUAGAUUAAAAUGAAGCGUAUGAAAAGCCUGUCCACAUAGGGACAACGACCCAUUAACAAGCAUUUCUGAUAAACAAGUCUGAGGGUCACAGAACAACAUUCCUCAGUGAAGUCCUGCCUGUCACAGAGCUUGCUCGGAAAAGGGGUAAAAUAAACAGCCCACACAGGAACCUGCAAGUAUUUCACGGCUGGUCUAACAGAUCAAUUGUUUACCAUGAGACUGUCUGCUCACGCAACCUAAAUUUGGACAUAUUUGUCUGGCCAUAUUGCAUCACAGCGACAGACUUGUGCUCUUCUGUUAAGAUCAAUUUUCCCUGAUUAUGCUUCUGUCAGAAACAAACAAACAGAAUGUCGCAGUACUUGGUAUUUGCCAAUUAUUUCCAUGUCUAUGCCCAAUCUAAAAGUAAUUUUUCCUGACAGUCCUGAUCUCAGUCUAGACUCAAAGUUAAUCUAGGUCAGUUACUUCUUGUGGUUCAAGUGUAGGCACUGCACAGAGCAAACUUGUUUCUUGACAAGAUCCUUUGGUGGGAUCAGCAACGGGUAAGAUGCCAAGUGGAAAAUAAUAGUUCCACAGAGCAGAGAGUAAAUGGGAGUAGGAAAGCAAGUUCCUAAAUUAUUAUGCUGUUAUUCUCCAUAGCUUCCAAUGAAAAGCUGAAAUGUCAAAGUUGAGUAUUUAUUAUUAUAGCUGCUGGUUUUUGUGCAGAAUAUGUAGAAGAAAAAACCCCAACCCUUAACUUACCAGGAAAGAAUACUUGAGUUGCAAAGCCCUACAGAAAAUGACGCUUUACCUUCCCAUCUGAAAAUAACCACCACUCCUUGCCUUCCAGGUGGAAUCCUUGCUGUCUUUCCAAUAAUUCUGAGAAGACGACAAGAAUAUAGCAAGAAAUCAUUAAAGUCUCUAUUGCUACCCCGAGGCUCAGGACGACACACAACUUAUGGGGGCACUGAGCACACAGAGCCAAUCUACGCUGGCUGGUAGCGUAGGACAUGCUGUCAGCAACCACCCUCUUCAUUUUUCCAUGGGGCAAUACAGAUGUGUGUGUAUGGGGCAAAUGUUUUAACCAUGAACGACCUAUUUCUGUAUAGACAAAGUAAGUGCAGAGAAAUAAAACUCAAUUUUUGAGUUGUG